AUGGCACGUUAUAUAGGUUGUUUUAAAGAUAGUCGUCAUCAACGAAUGCUGAAUGGUCUUAGUAAACCAUUGACAUCAUCAUCGAUGACGGUUGCUCUGUGUACGAAUUAUUGUACAGAACACGAGUUCAGUUUUGCCGGACUUCAGUUUAGAUCAGAAUGCUAUUGUGGAAAUAGUUUACCGAAGAAAAUGAAAAGAGAACAUGAAGAUGACGAUAUUGCCAAUUGUUGUUCAUGGACAUGUGCUGGACAACUUAAUGAAACAUGUGGCGGAUAUCUUUGCAAUUCAGUUUAUGCUCUAAAUAGCACAGAACGAAAGAUUUCGAGUAAUGUGAGUAACGCGAGUUUAUCAAAGGCAACAUUCGCUUGUCGAAGUAAUCCAUGCGAAUUCGGUGGAACUUGUCGUGAAAAUUCAUUAUCAUCGAUGAAUGCUUCUUAUCAAUGUUUAUGUCCAUCAGGUCGAAUUGGGAUCAAUUGUGAACAUAUCGAUCCAUGUCUUCUACCGGAUGUUUGUCCACGUGGUAGUUGUAUUUCAUUUCCUGAGAACGGUUCGUUUGCUUGUCAAUGUCGUUCGGACACAUGUUUAACACCGAAAGCUGUAUGUGAUGCAUCAAAACUGACUACAUUGACAUGUAAAUGUCCUCCGAAUCAAUAUGGCGAACAAUGCGAACUAAUGUGUCCAUGUCAGCACGGCGGUCGCUGUAUGAUUCAAGCAGAUAAUUCCACAGCAUUAUGCCAUUGUGACGAAUCACGGUUCUAUGGUGAUUUCUGUGAACAUAUAUCACCAUGUGCGUCUCAACCGUGCUACAUGGGCGGAACUUGUAUACGAAAUGGAACGAGAUUUGUAUGUAAAUGUCCACCGAAUCGAAUCGGUAGUCAAUGCGACCAUUAUGAUCCGUGCCAAAUACAACCAUGCAUCGGAAAUAGUACUUGUUAUCGUAUCAAUGAUUAUGCAUAUAAAUGUGUAUGUGAUCAAGUUCAUACAGGAAAAAACUGUCAAGAUAUCGUUCCAACAAUAAAUCGUUACGGCUCGUUUCAUAGUGCUUGUGUUCGUGCAACGGAUUGUGACACUUCACUUGGUCUAGUUUGUUUUCCUGAACGACGUUGCGCUUGCAUGGAUGGUUAUACAUGGACAAUUGAUAAAGAAAAAUUACCUCCAACAGGACGAUGUGAAGUCAUUAAUUCCUGUUUGCAAUCACCAUGCCUCAACCAAGGUCGAUGUGAGCAACGUAAUGGGACCAAUGAUUAUAUUUGUCAAUGUCGAGCAGGUUUUGCUGGCAAACACUGUCAAGUUCAAUCGCGUGAUCGUUCCAAUCAAUGUUAUUCAGGAUACUGUUUAAAUGGUGGAUCUUGUUAUGUUAACCAUAAUGGACAAAUGGAAUGUCGCUGUCCACCUGGUUAUAUGGGUCGAAAUUGUGAUAUAACCAUAGGUCCAUGUUAUUCUAAUCCAUGUCCACAUCCUGAAUCGGUUUGUUUAAGCGUUCAAGAUGGUUUUGUUUGUUUGUGCAACGACAAUCAACUAUUGGAACCUUAUUGCAACGUUUCAAAAUAUUGCCCGGGCUCAAUUUGUAACGGUCGAGGAAUAUGUUACAAUACAUUAGAUGAUAAUUCAUAUUGCCGUUGUCUGGAACCAUAUACCGGUACACGUUGUACAUUAAUUGAUACAUGUUCAACUGAACAAAAAUGCCAUUCAUCAGCAACAUGCAUUCCUAUGGAAUCCGGAAGUUAUUGUGCAUGUCCACCAGAUCGAACAGGACCAACUUGCCAUGAAGAAUAUUGGCUUGACCCUUGUUUAAGCAGUAAAGCAACUUGUUUUCAUCAUGGAACAUGCACGUCAUCUCCUGCUAUGUCUUCUUCAUCUUCUUCUUCUCAAUCGUAUAAAUGUGUUUGUACAGAAGCGUAUACAGGUCCACGUUGUGAAAUCGCUUUGCCAUGUCCGCCACAACGUUGUCUUCAUAAUGGGACAUGCGAAAGAAAUGCUCAGUUUGGUUAUUUUGAAUGUUCAUGCACGUCUAAUUAUUUGGGAUCGAGUUGUGAACGAGCAUUGCAAGUCACUACUCUUCCAAGUCCGUGUUCAAUUCUACCUUGUUUUAACGGCGGCACAUGUUCGGAGACAUCCACCGGCGGUUUUCUUUGUGUUUGCGCACGGUAUUUUACUGGAGCACGUUGUGAGGAUAUCAUUUCUGAACCAACCACCACCACGACCAGCACGAUACAGAUGAUAAUCACAACUACAAUAGAACAAGUCACUCGAGCAGUUGAUGUGUGUAAAGAGAAUCCAUGUUUAAAUGCUGGAAGUUGCACACCGAAUGGUGUUGGUGGAUUCUUAUGCAAUUGCUUGAAAGGAUUCGCUGGUAAUCGGUGUGAAGCUCGAAGUGAUAUCGCACCUUUGCAAAGUCAAGCAUUUUCACUAAUUAAUCUUGCUUGGAUUAUUCCAAUUGGUUUGCUUCUUCUCGUGGUUAUCACUAUGUUGAUCGGAUUUAUUUGUUGCCGAGAUUCUUCACAUCAUCGAAAAGAAGAACCUGUUUAUAUGUUCGAUCAUGCGCCUUAUCCAACAACGGGCAUCACUGGACAUGCAAAAUAUCGUGAAUAUUCCAAUCCGGGCUUUGUUAUUCCGUCGAAUAUGCCUCGAGAAUAA